AUUCAUAUAAUUGAAGGGAUUGCUCAAGGGCUUCUUUACCUGCAUCAAUAUUCAAGGUUGCGCAUUAUUCAUAGAGAUCUAAAGGCUAGCAACAUUCUUCUAGAUGACGAAAUGAACCCCAAAAUAUCAGAUUUUGGCAUGGCACGUAUAUUUGGUGGUAAUCAGUCACAGGCAAACACAAACCGGAUUGUUGGAACUUAUGGAUACAUGGCUCCGGAAUAUGCAAUGGAAGGCAUUAUUUCCAUAAAAUCGGACGUGUUCAGCUUUGGAGUAUUGUUGCUAGAGAUUGUGAGUGGGAAGAGGAAUACUGGUUUUUAUCACAGUAACUCUCUCAAUCUUCUUGGACAUGCAUGGGAUCUGUGGAAUGCAGACCGUGGCUUGGACUUGCUCGACCCAGUUGUAAAUUGUCCUUCUAGUUUGAUGUUGUUGAGAUACAUCAACGUAGGGCUUCUAUGUGUGCAAGAAAAUCCAGCUGAUCGACAUACUAUGUCUUAUGUCGUCUCAAUGCUUAAUAAUGAACUUGCACUUCCACCAAAACCUAAGCAACCUGCUUUCUCUACCAGCCGAACUGUUGUGGACGCGAAUCCAUUGCUGAGCAGUGAAGAAAAUUGUUCGCUAAAUGGUGUUACAAUGUCAUUGAUUCAAGCCAGGUAGUAACGGUGUUCAAUAAAACUAGAUAAAUAGAUAAAUCAAUUCAAAGUGGUUCAAAUGUUUUGAUCCAAUUUUUAUUUUAUUUUAAAAGAACUACAUUUUGGUUUCAAAAAAUUAAGAACCAUUGAUUAUAGUUACAAAUUAAGGCUCAAAAAGACAUGAUUAAAUUGAGCCAAACUGUUCACUACUUAAUUAUUUUUAAUAAAAUUGGGGUUUUCAAA